UUGUUUUCUUGUACUUUCUUUGGUUUUGGUUUUGGUUUUGUCAACAAGAGCUCAUUGUUCAAUCCUAUCCGGUUAAGGAAUAAUGUAAAGUUCUUGCAUUGAAAUGUUGACAUAUUCAUACUUAUAUCUGAAGACUUGCAGCAUAUAGAAAGAAAAGAAUUUCAUGACAGAUACUUUGAAUUUCACCUUUCCACUGUUCAUCCAUCCGAUCUUCUCCUCUCUGUCCUGAUCGACACGUGUUCGUUACAAUUUUUCAAGAAAACCAACCAAUAACUAGCAAAGAUUUGAACAUCGGAUUCAUUCGUUAAGUUAAAUAGAGCAGAACUUGUUUUCUGCUCAAUUUUUUUGUCAGUUGUUCAACAUAUUGCAAAAUGAAGGGAAUGCAUCAGAAUUUUGGAUUUGCCGGUGAUUUCACUUCAGAGUUUUCUGACUAUUUACCCCAAAGUUAUGGUAUUCAGCAGCAGUCUGCACCAAUGGGAUUCCAUAGUCAACCAGUAGCCGCAGGAAAUGCCUUGCAGCAGCCGAAUUCUUGGCCUGGUCAUUCAUCCAGCAGUAUUAUCAGCAGGAUUGGAUCACCGGCUUCUGCAUUUUAUGCAACUGAACUCUAUAUGGGCUUGUCUCAGUGUGAUUUCCAAGAAAAUAGCUCCACCUGUUGCUCCCAACAAUUCAAGAAUUCAUAUCAAAGAAUACCGUCUUUCCAGCAACCUGGAAGUGGCUUCUGUGGAGACUCACUGCCAAGAACUCAACCGGAUUUCCAGACCAAGAACGGCCUCUCACCAGCUGUGAGAACCCAAACGCCAAAUAGCCAAUAUAUCAGGCCUGAAAAAAGUCCAUUCAGCAAUCUUUCCGAGAGUGAGCAGCUACUGUACCUGAAAAACAAGCUUUUAGGUGAUCUUGAUGAUUCAAAUUCGAGAAGCCCUUCCAUUCCGUUUGACGCACAUCCUGAUGUUGAAGUCUCACAGAAUAUAUAUGCAGCCGAUUUUGGACAAACAAAGGCGUCUGGGAGACAACCUGUAUGCCUGUCGACUACGCCAGGCAAUAACUCUGCAUCCCCUGCAGCAGUUCCAUCAAGUAAGACCCGAAUUAGGUGGACUCAGGAUCUCCACGAUCGGUUUGUUGAGUGUGUGAACCGACUCGGUGGGCCUGACAAGUCAACACCAAAGGCAAUACUCAAGUUGAUGGACACUGAGGGACUUACCAUCUUUCAUGUCAAAAGCCAUUUGCAGAAAUAUCGAAAUGCAAAGUACAUACCGGAAUCUGUGGAAGGAAAAUCUGACAAGAAGAAUAGUACAAACAAUGCAGCACAGAUUGACAUCAAAACCGGUCUACAACUCAAGGAGGCACUGCAACUUCAAUUAGACGUUCAAAUGCGUCUUCAUGAGCAAUUAGAGAUUCAAAAGAAAUUACAAAUAAGGAUUGAGGAACAAGGGAAACAGCUACAAAUGAUGUUUGAUCAGCAACAAAAGACAACACAAAUUCUCGUGGAAUCAAGAAAUACAGACAACAAAUGUACUCCCAAUAACUUAUCCACUACACUUGAAGAUCCUGAGGUUCUCAUCUUAGAUGGUUCUGAUGAUGAUAUGGUCUUCCCCUCCAAGAUAAGCUAGGCCAUACCAGACAAGAACUCUCGAUUUUCUCCAAACACUGUUACCACUUAUGCCAUCCAUCAAGUUUUAAGGUAAAAAAGGCAGAGUCCUGCAACACAAAUCAGCACGAGUCAAGAACCUUAUGCAAUCAAGAAAGGCUUCACCAAAGCAGCUUAUUGUGUCUGAGGGAAUCACACACGACGUAGUCAUAUAGUAUACAUGCUUGUACCCCCCAUCAUGUUUCUUGUGAUCAUACAGACAGUAUACAUGAGUGCAUAAUUUGACAGACAACAGUUUUUUUUUUUUGUGAUUGGACUCGAGUAUACAUCUCGUGUACUUGGGUUGUCUUUUGCCAUUGGUGUCUCCAUUUCCGUGAUUCAUCAGUUGUUUUCAACAAGAUUUGAAUA